AUGGUGAUCAAUAACUAUAACUUAAGGGGGUGUAGCACGAAGGGUUGUACCUGCGCCCAGCAACUGGCGCUGAGGCUUCGGAAGGCCAUAUAUAACAAUUAUUCGUUAUCAGGGAUGUCGAUGGCGUUGGUUUCUAACGUUGGAGUCAUAAUAAGUACCGUAAUCUUCUUGCUCGGAUUCACAAGCACACGAGCGCAUCAUAUCGAGAUCAACAUCACAGUGCCCACGUUUGAGGUUGAAACAGAGGAUGCUUACGUAUGCGUCUCCGCGCUCCUGCCUCCGCACCCUCAUAAGCUCAUUGGCGUGAUACCCCACGCACAGCAAGAGGUGGUGCACCACAUCCUGCUGUAUGGGUGUUCUGAGCCUCACCUGGUUCCUAAGACGGCUGGGCAGAUGGAGGCGUGGCGAUGCGACAUGAAGCCCGUCUGUAACGGCCCCUCCACCAUCUUCUAUGGGUGGGGCCGUAACGCCCCCGACCUGCGCCUCCCCGAGGGGGUGGGCUACAGCGUGGGUGAGAACACGGGAAUCAAGUACAUCGUAGCGCAGGUGCAUUACCUUGCCGUACGACCUCCGGACGACCACUCGGGUGUUACACUGGUGCUCAAGCCCCACGCAGUGCCGUACGCCGCGGGCAUGUUGUCGUACGCGUCGUAUUUUCAGAUCCCUCCCGGUCAGCCCAGUCACCUUGUGGAGAACAGCUGCUGCUUCAAGGCCCACCAACCGCUAACCAUGUUUGCCGUACGGGUACAUACACACGUGCUGGGCCGGCAGGUCUACUUGACCCGGGAGGCCUGGAAUCACAGUGGUACGGAGCUGCUGUACACUCGUGAUCCCCAACUACCGCAGUCAUUCGUGCCCAGCACCCGCCACGUGUUUUGGCCCGGAGACCGCCUCACCGUCACGUGUGACUUCGACUCGACCAAUAGGAGCACUGUGACGGUGGCAGGUUCUACGCACAAGGACGAAAUGUGCAACAUGUACAUCAUGGUGUACGGCAAGACGCCGUACCUUUCCAUGUGCUCGGAUUCAACAGCGCCUGACGGCACCGUCCUGGCGCUGCCGGGGGAGGCGGCUGCCGGUGCUGGAGCUGGUGCUGGUGCUGGUGCUGCAGACGGGAGGGAAACUAAUGGUGGUGGAGAGGGGAAAACGGGGCAGGGCAGGAGGCGACGGCGGCAGCAAGAGGGGGGAGAGGACGAGGAGGGCGACUACUUUUUUGGCGGUGGUGGCGGCGAUGAUGGUGGUGGUGGUGGUUCUUCCGGCGGCGGCGGAGGGACGGGGACUGGCAUCCAGCUGGUGGUUGACCCCCGGGGUCGGUUUGGUGAUGCCACCAGCGUCACGACGGGACCGGAUGGCAGCAUCUGGGUGCUGUACAGGGCUUCCGGCGUGUGGCAGGGGGACACCUUUGACAGCGCCAACCGCAUCACCCGCAGCCGCCCGGUUCCCGAGGCAGUGGUGGUCCGCCUGGACCCGGAUAAUGGCACGGUGCUGGCUCGCUGGGGUGCGGCCACCUUCUACCUGCCCCACAUGAUCUCCACGGACGCAGAUGGGAAUGUGUGGGUGGUGGAUGUGGGGCGGCAUCAGGUCCUCAAGUUCACGCCGGAGGGGCAGCUGCUGCUAGCUAUGGGCACGGAACUGACCCCCGGGUCCGGACCCAACCAGUUUUGUAAACCAACUCAGGUUGCCGUACUCCGUGACGGCAGUUUUCUGGUUGCUGACGGCUACUGCAACGAUCGGGUCGUUUGGUUUGAUGCGGAGGGGAGGUACAAGGCCGAAUCCGUUGCCAUCCCGCCGGUGGUUCACUCGGUGCUGGUGGACGAGUGCGAGGGGCUGGUGUACGUGGCGUCCAGGGAGGCCGGCCAGGCGUGGGCCCUAGGGUUUGGUCCGUACGGCGAGCAGCUGGUGCUGAUGUGGUCGGAGGGUCAGGACGCCCGUCUCGUCAACGUGCGGUUUCCUCAGCAGUUCUGGAACCUUCCCGGCACCGCCCGCCUCUCCCCGCACGACUUCCAGCUGGGGGGUGCGCCCAUGCAGCUGGCGGGGGCGGGGGACCGCAUGUACGCCGUGUACCUGGCCUCCGUGGGGGCGGCAUGCGACCAGAACUGCGGUCCGCUGCGCAAGUUUGUGGUGGUGCCGCCUGGAGUGGCACUGCCGGAGGCGAAGGAUUUACCCACCAUCAGCCACGUGACGGAUAUUCACCCCGGGGACGCCGAGCUGCUGCCCGGGGGCACUGCGGUUUCGGAGCAACCCCACCAUCUGGAGCUGCCGCCGCAAGAGCGGGAAGUGGGCGUGUCCAAUGCGGCGGAUGGCGGCGCGGAAGGUGUAGUGGAGGCGGGUGGCGGCGCGGAAGGCGGCGGUGCGAUGGUUGCUGACGACUACGAUGAGGAGCUGGAGGAGGACGUGGUGGCUGCGGAGGACUACCAGGAAGAGGAGGAGGAGAAGGAGGAGGCACAGCUCAAGGCGACAGAGGGACAGCCCCACCACCAGCAGGUCCCCGCCGCGCCGCUGGAGAAGGAGCGGUUCGAGGUGCUCGUACAGGACAAGAAGGUGGUUGAGCGGAGCACGUCCAUCAGCGGCUGGGGCUUAGUACUACUGGCGAUACUUGUCGUACUCCUGGCGUACAGUGUACUGCGCUUUUCCAAGAUCUCCCUGUCGGCCUACCUGCAAGAAGACAGUCAGGCGGCGGGGGCGCCAGCGACAGCACCACCAGCAGGUGGUGGUGCUGGUGGUGGUCUUCUGGCGGCGGGGGGUUGGCGGAAGACGGCGGGUGUGUGGGCGGCGGCUGCGGAGGGGCUGUGGUCGCGGAUUGGGGCAGCUCGGGGGGGGAUAGGGGGGCCUCGGGCUGCCAAGUCGGGCGGGGGCGGGGCGGCGGGGCGCGAGGUGGAGGCGGCAAGAGACCGGGAGCGAUUGUUGAAGAGUGAGCCAUAAGAGAGGGGGAGGCAGGGGAGGAGGCAGGAGGGAGGAGGAGGAGGGUAAGGGGGUUUGGGUGCGUGUGGAGUUGUGUUGUGUGGGUUGGGUGCGGGUGAUGUUUUGUCGACAAUACAGUUGCAAUGCGCACGAGGCACACAUACAGACAAGACUGACUGACUGACUGACUGACUGACUGACAGACUGGCAUUUCAGACAUUCCAGACGGACACAUUUCAACACUCCUCGCGGCUCAGAAACACACGCACAUACCAAAAAUGUGCAUGCAUAACCAGGACACACACGCACAUGCACAUGCAGCUAGUAGAGGUGGUGCUUCCCUACGACGGCUGCUCGUAGACAUUUUGGCUAAACCUAUCAUUGUGACUACAUUCCCCAUCUG